CCUCCGUGACGCGCGCGGUUACGCACGCUAAGAGCGAGAAGCUAAAACAGCCGCUUCCUCUCUGGUUUCUCUGCGCUCAGCACUUUCUUGUUAUAUCCUUUCCGUGUUUAAAUUUUUUUUGUUUAUACUUUUUAUUGAACACUCUGGAGACUGAAUAUGGCCAGUUUAAGAACCCUGCGGAAACUGUGCCAGCGGGCUCAGCAUCAAGCGUGCAACCUUCACUUAUCGGUGUCGAGGUUCACAUAAGCAUAGGAGUUGUGGUCAGAUCUACCCACUGGUAACAAAGAAAUAUGGCCAGAAGCUGUGGUUAUCUCGGGUAGGAAGUUGGCUCGACAGAUCCGUGAUGAGGCACGUGUAGAUGUGGAAAAAUGGGUUUCAGCUGGCAACAGACGACCUCAUCUUAGUGUGGUGCUAGUUGGCGAUAAUGCUGCCAGCCAUUCUUAUGUUCUCAACAAGACCCGUGCUGCUGCUGAUGUAGGUAUCACAAGUGAAACCAUGUUAAAACCCUCCUCUAUCUCUGAGGAAGAGCUGAUGGAGCUAAUCGACAAACUCAAUUCUGACCACAGAGUGCAUGGUCUUCUGGUACAGUUGCCUCUGCCUGAACACAUUGAUGAGCGCCGUAUAUGUAAUGCUGUCAGUCCAGAUAAAGAUGUUGAUGGAUUCCAUGUGGUCAAUGUUGGUCGUUUGUGCUUAGACCAGUCUUCCAUGUUGCCAGCCACACCAUGGGGAGUAUGGGAAAUCAUUAAGCGCACAGGCAUCCCUACUCUGGGGAAAAAUGUAGUUGUAGCUGGUCGUUCUAAAAAUGUGGGAAUGCCAAUCGCUAUGCUUUUACACACAGAUGGAAGACACGAAAGACCAGGAGGUGAUGCUACAGUUACUAUCUCUCACCGUUACACACCCAAGGAACAACUUCGCCAACACACAAAAAUUGCUGACAUCAUUGUUGCAGCAGCAGGUAUUCCCAACCUCAUCACUGCAGAUAUGAUAAAAGAAGGAGCUGCGGUCAUUGAUGUUGGCAUCAACAGAAUACAGGACCCUCUGACUGGAAAACACAGACUUGUUGGUGAUGUGGACUUUGAAGGGGUACGAAAAAAGGCCAGCUACAUCACUCCGGUCCCAGGAGGUGUUGGACCCAUGACUGUUGCUAUGUUAAUGAAGAAUACCAUUAAAGCAGCAAAAAAUCUCCUUUUAACUCCUCCAGAGCGAAUGCGUAUGGUCGCAUCCUCCUAAUUCCCCUGUUUACCAUGCUUCUUGUGGUUCACAUUCCACAUCCCACUUUUGGAAGCAGCAGAUGGCAAUGCAAUAGCUCCAAGGCCUAUUUUCAGGUACUUUACUCAGUUCAUAAAUUACAACCCAAGUCAAGUCAGUUAUAUGGCAUAAACUAUUUAAACGUGCUGAAGACCUAGUGGAGUAAGAGUAUUACCAUUAUGUCUCCUUCAGACACACAAUUUAAAACACGCUUACGAGAGGGUUGAUAAAUCGCCUGAACGGGAGGUCUUAAAUCUGGUUAAACACUAAACAUUGUUUUUCCAGAAGUUUAGGUCUUUAGACAAUGUUCCAUUAUAGUACUUGCCCAGAACAGCUGAAAUGUUUUGCUGUUGUCUUUACAGUUAUAUAUAGACACGGAGUACUGCGCAAAGUUUUGCAUAUUUUGUUUUCAAAGAGACAGACUUAUUUUGUAUUUUUAAUAAAGUCUUGAGGAAAAGUU